AUGUCCAAUGUGACGAGAAUUUCUUUGAUUUUCCUCACAAUUUUUUCCUGUAUUCAUAAUUAUUGUCUAUAUUUCCAAACUUCAUCUUCGAAUCUAAGUAAUUUCUGUCAAUCACGUGCAUCUGAACGAACUAUCGAAGCAUCCUAUAAAGAAUGUCUACUAUGCGAGAUAAGUUUUCUGUCAAUCAAUUCAAUCAGUCAAGCCGACAAUUGCACACAUAUAUUCGAAUGUGUUGAAUUCAUCUUUCACAAUGACACACUGUUCGAACAGUUCUUUCAAGGAUAUGCUUAUCUUAUACCAAAUCUAUUUAAACCAUCCGGUCAUUCACACAUUGAAAAAUCUCUGCAUAUUCAAAUCAAACGCGAUAACUAUCAGAAAUUGAAUUUCACUUAUUUGCAAUCGAUUUUACAUUCGAAUGGAAUCGAUUAUUCAUUUCUAACAUUUAGUUUACGAGCUAAUCGAAAGCGAAUUCACUUAGAUUUGCAAACAAAUUUUUUCAAUCUAUCCUUACAUGCAGUGCGAAUUGAAAUCUUUUGUAAUGAAACGACGAAGUAUUUCUAUGAUGUCACUCCAAGUACAAAUUAUAGUUCGCAAUCGCACGUUUGUUUCGAUGGGGAAUAUAAACUGCCAACGGCGACAAAAACGCCAGAAAAUGAUUCAAAAGUCAGACUCAAUCUUAUCCUUUUCGUCACUGGCCUGAUUGUCUUGUUGAUUUGGAUACUUUGCAUAUGUACGUGUUUAUAUGCAAGAUAUUGUAAAUGGAAAACAAAUGACACGGCUUAUCAACGAUCAAGUAUUGUGUCAAGUGUGUUCAGUUUGGAUAGUACAGUUAGCGAUCGAACUGAAAACAUGUCAUCAACGAAGCAAGUGAAACAAGUGGGAAGAUAUGGUUUAUACGCUUAUAAUAAUGAAUUGUAA